AAUUGGUAGGCUUGAGUUAACGAGGAACAUUAAAAGCUAGUGACAAUGGAGUUCCUGGACGACGACGCGAGGCCAAGGUUCCUCUUCCAAUCUCAGUCAAAAGCUUCUUCUGUACCAGAAUCACAAGCUUAUCAGAAGCCCAGCAAGCCAUUCCUCUUCUUCGCUAUCUCACUUUCUUCCCUUUUCUUUGCUCUCUCAAUUUUCUAUCUCCAAUCCGAACCCUUUCGAUCCCUCCUAAUAUGGCUCUCUCUUUCUCUACUCAUCGGUCCUUUUGCUCCCAAUUCCCUCACCGGCGGCGACAUCCGCGUCGGCCAUGGUUCAAUUGUUGAGUUCCCUGAUGAAGAACCCGCAGUCGAUGAAGACACUAACAAGAGGUCUUCUCAGAAGAGAUCCAAGACUCGUAGAUCUGAGGAUAUUGCUGUUGGUCCGAUCGCCUCGAUUGAUAACGUCAACGUGUCUGAACGGGCGGAGAAGAAGAAUCAAGCUAGUGGAGCCGGUGGAAAUGGUGUGGUAUUGAAAGAAGAGAAGGAGUGGACGGAAGAAGACGUUGAGAUUUUGAAGAAGCAGAUGUCGAAACAUCCAGUGGGAAAACCUAGACGAUGGGAGGUUAUCGCAGAGGCAUUCAGCGGGCGGCAUAGGACGGAGAGUGUGAUCAAGAAGGCAAAGGAAUUAGGAGAGAAGAAGCUAGAUGACACUGACUCAUAUACACAGUUUUUGAAGAAGAGGAAACCGGUGGAUAAGAGACUUGAGAAUGGGAAUGAACAUUUCGGAGGUGAAUCGGAGGAGAAAGCUGUCAAUGGUACUGGUGAAGGAUCUGGAAGUGGCUGGAGUUCAGGGGAGGAUAUUGCGUUGCUUAACGCUUUGAAGGCAUUCCCGAAGGAUGUUGCUAUGAGAUGGGAGAAGAUUGCAGCUGCUGUACCGGGAAAAUCCAAAGCGGCUUGCGUGAAAAGAGUCAGUGAACUGAAAAAGGAGUUUCGGAGUGCGAAAGCUGCCGCAGAUGCGUAGAUACAAAAAUGGAAAAUCCCUUGAGAUUUUGUCAGUUUAAUCUGCGAGAUUGUGAAAUUAUUUGAGAGGUAACUGAUACCUAUUUUGUUUCCAUUUAUAUUUCACUGUUAACAACUUGAGUUAAAGCUGAAUCAGUGAUGCAAUUUAU